CAGUGAGUGAAGUGAAACUUAACUAUCUCCCGCUUUCAAAGGGCUCUCUUUCACACACACACACACACACACACACACACACACUCUCUCUCUUUGGCGGCUCUCAAACUUUCCAAACCCUAGUUCCAUUUAAAAUAACUAUAUACACUUUCUUAUAUAUAUACUUUUUUUUUUUUAAUUUAAUUUCUCUAUCAGAUGAAUUAUAUUUUCUGAAAACUACAAAUAAUUAAUUAAGCAACAAAGAGCUUGGUUCUGUUGUGAGCAUGGCGGAUUCAUUAGGGCAAAAUUGGAAGAAUCGAGACUUCACUCUCUCAUCAAUUUCCGACCUCUCUUCCGAUGAUGCUUCAUCGCCGGGAAUUGCUCGCUUCACUUCCGAUGCUCUUCAAAUUCAUCCCGAAUCUCCACAGAUUCCUCUCAAUUUCGAUCUUCGAACUGCUCAGAUAUUGAAAUUGGGCCCUGUUCAAUCGCUUUGUACUAUGGAAGGUUCUGAUGACGGUAAAUCGGGAUCUUAUUCGACGGGAGUUAGUAUCAAGUUUAAAAACGAGGAGGAUUGUGCAGCCUUCCAUUCUGCUGUCCAACAAUGGAUAAAGGAAAACAAUGUUCAAGGAAACUUGCCGAAUGGAACUUUAACAACUUCUAAAAGCAAAUUUGAUGAAAAGAUAGAGUCAUCUUCUGCAAAAAUGUAUUUUCAUUAUUAUGGACAACUUCUUCAUCAACAAAACAUGUUGCAGGACUACGUGCGGACAGGAACUUAUUAUGCUGCGGUUAUUGAGAACCGUGCUGAUUUUACUGGUCGUGUAGUAGUUGAUGUGGGUGCUGGUAGCGGUAUUUUGUCAUUGUUUGCUGCUCAGGCCGGUGCCAAACAUGUUUAUGCUGUGGAAGCCUCUGAAAUGGCAGAAUAUGCACGUAAACUCAUAGCUGGGAACCCAAAACUGGCUCAACGAAUUACAGUGAUUAAAGGCAGAGUUGAGGAUGUUGAGUUGCCAGAGAAAGCAGAUAUUCUAAUCUCGGAGCCCAUGGGCACUUUGUUAGUUAAUGAGAGGAUGCUGGAGUCUUAUGUCAUUGCCAGAGAUAGGUUUCUCACUCCUACUGGGAAAAUGUUUCCUGGUGUGGGAAGGAUUCACAUGGCACCUUUCACCGAUGAAUAUUUGUUUAUUGAAAUUGCUAAUAAGGCCCUAUUCUGGCAGCAGCAAAAUUAUUAUGGUGUUGAUUUGACACCCUUACACGGGACUGCAUUUCAAGGAUAUUUUUCUCAGCCUGUGGUUGAUGCUUUUGAUCCAAGAUUGUUAAUAGCUCCCCCAAUGUUCCAUGUAUUAGACUUCGGCAAAAUGAAGGAAGAAGAAUUAUAUGAAAUUGACAUUCCUCUGAGAUUCAUUGCCUCUGUGGGCACCAGAGUACAUGGGCUGGCAUGUUGGUUUGAUGUACUGUUCAAUGGAAGUACUGUACAAAGGUGGCUUACCACUGCUCCUGGUUCACCCACAACCCAUUGGUACCAGCUACGUUGUGUUCUCUCUCAGCCAAUUUAUGUCAUGGCAGGGCAAGAAAUUACCGGCAGGCUUCAUUUGAUUGCACACAAUGCACAAAGUUAUACAAUAUAUUUAACAUUGUCUGCUAAAAUGUGGGGUCCUGGUGCUGAACAAGGAGGGAUUCUUCAAACAUCUUCUUGUAAGCUUGAUCUCAAAGAACCCUACUAUAGAAUGUCCCAACCACAAGCUUAUCCGGUAGCCCAAGAUCAGCAACCUCAACCACUUGUACAAACACAGGAUAUACAUAUCCAAUCUCAGGAAUUUGAAGAACCAGAAAUAAUGCAACAGCUUUCGCCUAAUUCUUGUGCUCAGAUUGAUUCGCUGAUGCAGAAGAUUUAACUCAAUAACUCCUAACACGAGCGCUUCUGUUUGUAUCAUGAAUAUGCCAUGCCACAGCAAGUUGGGGGACCCUGUCUUUAUUUGGACACCUCCUAGCCUGUAAAUUCAUCAACAUUAUGUUCUAUCCACUGUGAUGGUUGGUUAUGCUGCAGAUCCUGUACUCAUUUGCUUAAUUUAUUUAACCAAGAAUGUAUUGAAUCCUUAUGCCUGGAAGAUUAGGAGUUUAAUGUAUUGGUUGAUCUGUAUGAUUAGAUGGGGAUAAUAUUAUGGUAAACUUGUACUGCUUACACUAGCGGAAACGCAAACUUGCAUGGUUGCUAAUGUAUUAUUAAUUGAUUGAUUGAUCCAA